GGCUCGUGCAAUGCAAUGCGGUUUUCUGCCACCUGCUCGGUCCCGCCGUUUGCUCCCCGCGGCCGCACGGGAGAGCAUCUCCUGCACCCGGUCCACGAUCCCUCCACCUCUCGACCUCCGCACGGAUCUGCCGACAGCCUCUCACGAGCACGUCCACCGGGUCCAGGUGCGCUCCCGGUCGCUCACGCCGUCUGCGUGGCCGAGACACAGCACACAGGCCACCAGGAGGGGCCGUUAUUUCCCCACCCACCCGUUCCAAGUCCAACCCACCCAUUCCCCAAUUCAGCAUCAGCCAGCCCCAGCCUUUGCGAAUUGCGACAGCGAGAGCGGGAAGAGGGAACUCGAAACCCGGCGAGCGGUAUGGCAACCGGCGAGGAGCACGUGGCGGCGGCGGCGGCGGCGGUCGAGGAGACGCCGGAGAAGAAGGAGACCAGCACAACCGAGCUCCUCGCACCCUCAGGCUGGACGAAGAAGCUUGUCCUAACUCGAGUUGGACGAUUUGAGGUUCUUUUUGUUUCCCCAACUGGUGAGGAAAUUAAGAGCAAGAGACAGCUGACGCAGUACCUGAAAGCUCAUCCCGGAGGCCCUGCAUCUUCAGAGUUUGAUUGGGGAACCAGUGAUACUCCCCGACGCUCAGCACGCUUAAGCGAGAAGGUCAAGGCAACUUGGAACCCAGAGGGUGAGAAGACCCCUAAACGGGGAAGAUCAAGCUCUAAGAGGGGCAAAAAGGAGGAAAAAGAAGAUGUAAAUGAGGCUGGUGAAGAUGGUGCUUCGGAGGAAGGUAAAGGUACCGAUGUGGAGAUGAAGGAUGCUGAAAAUGCUGAAGACGAGAAGAAAGAGGCCCCAAGUGCAGAUGCUGCAGAGAAGACCGAGGAAGGUGAAGAUAAGAAAGAGGAGGCUCCUGCUGUAGAUGUAGCAGAGAAGACUGAGGAAGGUGAAGAUAAGAAAGAGGAGGCCCCUGCUGUAGAUGCAGCGGAGAAGACUGAUGACAAAGAGGUGGCCCCUGUUGUAGAUUCAGCUGAGAAGGCUGAUGAUAAAGAGGUGGCCCCUGCUGUAGAUGCAGCUGAGAAGACUGAACAAAGCACCGAAGGCCAAGCACAACCUAAUAAUGUUGCUGCCCCAGAAUCUGAGGAUAAAGGGGACGGAAAGCCAGCUGAGUCCGAAUCAGCUCCCCCAGCAAUUGUUGAUGAAGAGAAGAAAGAGGAGAAGACCGAGAACGGUCAGGCAGCUGAAUCUGUGGUGCCUUCCCUGGCAUCUUCAGAGGGGGAGAAGAAAGAGAAUGGAGGUGCAACUGAACCCGCAGCCCCGCUUGUGGCUGAGACAAAGACAGAUGCUCCUCCAGCUGAGGCAGAAAAGGGGGCCGAGAAUUCAGGCCAGGUGAACACUGCCCCCCAAGAACCGACGGCAGCGAACUGCGACAACAAGGGCCAGAUCCAACCUGGUGCCUCUGCUAUGAGGUGCACAUAAGGGAGCUUGGGACACUGUUGCAUUGUGUGUUUAGGACAAUACCCUGCAUUUGCUUUGAUAAUUGUAAUCGUGGUUAACCUGACAGUGCUGCGUAGCACUAGGCUGCCCAGCACUUAGUUACCCUUCCGUUUUAUUAUGGCGGCGGUGUGCAGCAGGGGCAAUGGGCUGGCCUGUGCCGCCUCAGCCAACUGCAGCCACCUUAAGCUCUGUACUACCCGGUGUAAGUGUAACUCUUAGCGUGGUCUACAUUGAUCUCAGGAGAGGACUGGAGGACAUAGUACUGUCUCCGACUGUUGUAACGUGACUGUUGUAUGUGUUGUAGCCUUGUGUUAUUGAACUUAUUAUGAUCCAUAAAUAAAGCCAUAUAAGCGUGGCAGGGUCAUUCCCUGACCACCUUCAGGCACCAA